AUGGAUGACGCCACCUUGAUGGCCUCAGUGGAAUUUCAAACCCUGUUGGAUGGGACAAUGACGAAUUCCAUUAGUAAGGCCCUAACAUCGGCCAUGGUAGUCAUGUCCUCCACUAUUACCCAGUCCAUUACACAGGCACUGAUGCAGGCACAGCUUGCUCCCCAUGCCCCUAUGCAGAGAGCUACUGUGCCUAAUAUAACCUUGCCGGGCCACAAAGCCCUAUGCAAGCCGAAACAUGCAAUACCCCCUCCAAUUGACCAGGUGACCCCUGGCUUGACUGACACGCCUCAGGCUGUCCAUGAUGGCGCACAACAACUGUGCAACAGAGCCACUGGCCGGGCAAAAGCACCCAGAACUUGGAAAUGGGUGAGAGCACAAGAGAUACUGUCCGGAUCUUACUUUGAUCCUUAUGAGGCCGAGAUAUUUGAGGGCGAGGACCUUGCAUGGCAACAGUUUGCCUCCUCACUGUCCAUAAAGGAUCUGUCAAUGGAAUUAUUCAACCUAACAGGUUCAGGCAAACUCUGGGACACUUAA